GGUAUGGCGCCGGCACUUCCAUUUGCAAUUUUUAGACAGAAACACCAAAAUUUAGAUUUAUAUUGUUAAUUUUAUUUUUCUCUUGAAAUUGUUAAAAAAAACCGCAUUAUAUUUAGCGGUGCUAAAUUUGCUUGAAAUUCGGUGGGUUUCUUGCAUGGGAUAGAGCAAUUUCCAGCCUCUGGUCAGCUAGCUCUUCUUGAUUCUGAUCAAGAGGCUUGUAGUUGAAAUUUGAAGGCUGCUGCGGAGGUUUUGAGAUUGAAAUCUUUCUUUCCCUUCUUAAUGCUAGAACCUGACUUUUUGUUAGGUUUUUUCAGAAGGGAAAGAAAGAAAUUUUGUUCUUAAAGGAAAUUAUCUCUUUCAAUUCACCUAGGUUUUCAAGAAUAAUCAUAUUCUGGAAAUGAGUGUAGUUUCCGGCGUAAUUUCGAGGCAAUUAUUGCCUGCAUGUGGCAGCCUUUGUAUUUUUUGCCCUGCUAUGCGGGCGAGGUCUAGGCAGCCAAUUAAACGAUACAAGAAGCUCAUUGCGAACAUUUUUCCUCGGAAUUUGGAUGACGGGCCAAAUGAUCGGAUGAUUGCCAAACUAUGUGAAUAUGCUGCUAAAAAUCCUUUGCGCAUCCCGAAGAUCACAAAUACUCUUGAACAAAGGUGUUACAAGGAGCUGAGAAAUGAAAAUUUUAGAGCUGCAAAAAUUGUGAUGUGCAUUUAUGGGAAAUUGCUGAUCUCUUGUAAGGAGCAAAUGCCGCUUUUUGCAAGUAGCUUAUUGAGUAUUAUGCAUACUCUGCUGGAUCAAUCACGACAGGAUGAACUACAAAUUGCAGGAUGUGAGACUCUGUUUGAUUUUGUCAAUAAUCAGAAGGACGGAUGUUACAUGUUUAAUCUAGAAGGUUUUAUUCCUAAACUCUGUCAGUUAGCUCAAGAAGUGGGAAAUGAUGAAAGGGCAAAAAAUCUGCGUGCAGCAGGACUGCGGUCUCUUUCUUCAAUGAUAUGGUUAAUGGGUGAACAUUCUCAUAUAUCAGUGGAGUUUGACAAUAUUGUCUCUACUGUCUUGGAAAACUAUGGAGGCUGUAAGAAAAAUUCAGGAAACCUUGAUACUGACAAGCAAGGUCCUCAGAAUAGGUGGGUAGAAGAAGUGCUCAAAAAUGAGGGUCAUGUGAUUCAUGUCAGUCCACCAGAGUUCAUUACAAGAGUUCCUUCUUGGAGGACAAUUGUAAAUGAAAAAGGAGAAGUAAAUGUGACAGCCGAGAAUGCUCGGAAUCCCUGCUUUUGGUCCAGGCUUUGCUUGCAUAAUAUGGCCCAGCUAGGGAAAGAGGCUACAAACAUUCGCCGUGUCCUGGAAUCAUUCUUCCGUUACUUUGAUAAUUCAAAUUUAUGGUCGCUUCAAUAUGGUCUGGCCUUCACCGUGUUAAAGGAUAUGCAGCGUUUAAUGGAUGAAUCUGGGCAAAAUACACAUGUUCUGCUGUCUACUUUGAUUAAGCAUCUUGAUCACAAAAAUGUCCUCAAACAACCCAACAUGCAGCUUGACAUUGUUGAGGUUACCACCUGUCUUGCUCAACAUGCAGAGGCUGCUUCUUCGGUGGCAAUAAUUGCUGCUGUGAGCGAUGUCAUGAGACAUUGGCGGAAAUGCAUACAUAACUCAGUUAAUGAUGCAAAAUUAGGAGCUGACGUAAAAAAUUGGAACAAAAACUUUAGAGAAGCAUUAGACAAAUGCCUUGUGGAAUUAUCAUACAAGGUUGGGGAUGCAGGCCCAAUUCUUGAUGUUAUGGCAGUGAUGUUGGAGAACAUCUCUAAUACUUCAGGUAUAGGCGGCACAACAAUUUCUUCUGUCUAUCGUACUGCUCAAAUUGCAGCUUCCGUACCAAAUUUGUCAUAUCAAAACAAGGCAUUCCCCGAGGCCUUAUUUCAUCAGUUACUCCCAGCUAUGAUGCAUCCUGACCAUGAAAUUCGACUUGGAGCUCAUCGCAUCUUUUCUGUUGUUCUAGUGCCAUCAUCUGUUUCCCCAUGUCCAUCCUCGGCUUAUAUUGGGCCAAAAAGAGGUUUAGAUCUUCGAACGCUGUCUAGAACUGUCUCUGUCUUUUCUUCAUCUGCUGCUUUAUUUGAGAAGCUAAGGAAGGAGAAACCUUCCAUUAUGGAAAAUUCUUCUCAAGACAAGAAUGAAAAUGUUGUUCUCGAGGGUGAGCAAAUAAGGAACGGGAUGCAUGACAAUCUAAAGCUCUCAAAUAGUCAAGGCUACAACGCGAAGAAUUCUCUUGCAUCUCUAGCAGCAGAUGGAAAUUCUCGGAGCCUUUCAGAUAAGGGAAUAGAGAUUGGUUCUUUAAGGCUGAGCAGCCAUCAGAUUAGUCUUUUGCUGUCAUCAAUCUGGGCAGAGUCUAUUUCUUCUGCCAAUACACCUGAAAACUAUGAAGCAAUUGCUCAUACAUAUAGCCUGGUUUUGCUGUUCUCUCGAGCCAAGAAUUCCAGCCAUGAGUCCUUAGUUCGAAGUUUUCAGCUUGCAUUUUCUUUGAGAAACAUCGCUCUUUAUCAAAUAAAGACACUCCCACCGUCACGUCGUAGAUCUCUAUUUACCUUGGCAACUUCAAUGAUUCUGUUUUCAUCAAAAGCCUAUGAUAUUGUUUCACUUGCUCAUUGUGCGGAGGUGGUACUUAAAGAAAAAUUGGUUGAUCCUUUUCUGCAAUUGGUAGAGGACAGGAAGUUAAAGGCCGUUGAUACAAGACCUGACCACCCUACAACUAUUUAUGGAUCCAAGGAGGAUGAUGUCUCGGCACUGAAAUUUCUUUCAAAAAUAGAUGUUACAGGGAAACAAAGCCAGGAAUUUUUUGUUGCCGAGAUUGUGAAGAGCUUUGAGUUGCCAGAUUCUGAAUUAUCUUCUGUGCAAGAGCAGCUUCUCUGCGAAUUUGUACCUGAUGAAGUUUGUCCAUUAGGAGGCCAUUUUAUGGAUGCUAUUCAUCAAGCAGAUCAGGGUGCUCCAAUUGUAACAACCGAGGAAGAUGCUUUUCUAGAUUCCUUUGAAGGUCAAGCCAAAAUUAACAAAGAGUUGGUUGUUCAAAGGCACGAACUACUGAGCGUCAGUCAGCUUAUGGAAUCAGUCUUGGACGCUGCGCAUCAAGUUGACAGAAUGUCAAUAACUGCACCUGAUGCGUCUUACAAGGAAAUGGCCCUUCACUGUGAGAAGCUUCUAAAGGGAAAGCAAAGUAAGAUGUCUAAUGUGAUAAGCUCACAAACGAAGCAGGAUAUCUUGUUUAGUAUCUCUCAACAGAAUCAUAGCGAAGAGGAGAAGAAGGCUGGACAUCCUUUCAUUGACCAGAACUUCAUGGCAAGCCAGCAAAAACUAUCGGUUGGGAGUUUCCCAAUGCAAUGUGCAACAGAAUAUCAACACCAUCCCACCUUCUUCAGGCUACCAGCGUCGAGUCCGUAUGAUCACUUUCUAAAAGCUGCUGGUUGCUGAUCCUAAUGAGAAAUGGAAACUCUAGUCGUCUUCUUUAGAGCGGAAAAGAAACUUUCCUUACUCAAGUCAAAAGCAGCUCAAUCGCAUACAGGCCUCACAGCUAGAAGUAUCUGCUGUUUCCCAGAAACAGUUUCAGUGUAUUUAAGAAGUGAAAAAUGCGAACAAGGUUGGUUGAGUUUGAUUUCCCGUUAGAUUCUUGAACCUUUCUUGUCUGGCUGUGGAAGUUUCUUUUUGCAGUUUUUGGCGGAUUGCUACUUUGGCAGCGAUCCUCAGUCCUUUUUGAUGUGUAUAGAACAAUAAUAUGCUUAUAUGUUAUUCAUUUCAGUCCGUGAUUGUGAUGGGAUGGAUAGAUUGUGUAAAUUUCCAAAAUGUGAUCAUCAUAAUACAGGAUUUGGGACAAUUGAAGAGAUUAAACUCUAUUCUUUUACAUGCUAUAGAGAUUUUUCUUUUUCUUUUUCUUUUUUAUUUCAGAAAAUAGAUCAGAAUGUAGUAGAGAAAACGUUGUUGUCAACUAUGAAAAACGCCUAUGUAUGGUUACGUAAGAUAAAGAUUUGUGUUUUCA